UGUGGGACAGUCCUCAGUCCAGAGAGUACACUCUUGACUCCAUUUUUCCCUGCAGUCCCAACCCCACAGUCAUGCUGCGUCUAGCGGUCCUUGGCCUCAUCCUGGCAUGUGCAGUGUCUCUCAGCAGCACUGCUGUGAUUCUAGAAAAUGGCCUGCCUAUCAUGUGGGCACAGACAGCCAGCCAAGUGACUGAGCUGCCAAUGCAGGACGGCAUUGUGACUCCAGACCCCUGGCAGUUCCUGCACCGUUUGAGCUUUUAUCGACUGAUAAUUGCUGCAACAGAUCCCUUCAUGGGAUCCAUGGGGACGAACGCAACAGACAGUCCACUGUGGGGACUGCCUCUGCAGCUUGGAUGGAUGUCAACUUCAGGGCGUCUCGCUGACCCAACCGGUGCAACAACUUGCGGUCUGCAAACAGAUCCCAUGUGCAUUUCCACUCAGAGCUGGUGGAGCUGUGUAAGCUACUUUGUCUCUGCUCUUCCCUUCCUGUCUGCUGCACAGCAGGGCUUCCUGGGAGCUGGAGUUCAGGUCCAGAUGCAGGUGCCUGAAGGUGUACAGGACUACUGCACUACCUAUGCUGACUGUGCAGCCCGCUACCCUGACGCCAUGGCUAAGUGGGAUGCUUUUUUCCAGGGUCUCAAGGCUUCAACUGACUCUCCCUUGCCUGAAAACGAGAAGAAAGACGCCAUCCUCGGUCUCUACUGGGCAGCCCAGAUGGCUUCAAUUUAUGCCUCCGCAGCAUGCAGUGCAAAACAGAGCCACUACUCGUCUGCAGAGGUGACAUUCGCCAACAGCUGGCUGAACUCAGCUGAGUAUGUGGCAGCUGCUCGUUUCCAGUCCAGCUUGGAAAAAUCUGCGAUGUUCAUGUCCCCCAUGCCAAGUCGGAUUUUGAAAGACGGCGACAAUGCUCCUCACAUUGCUGAUCUGAGUCAGGAAGAGAACCACACUCUGUCCAUCUUCUCCUGGAUAAAGAACAUCAACACUCUGCUUGGUGGAAGUCUGGUACGCAUGUGGAAAAGCGCCAUGUGUUCAGUGAGCACAAGAGAGAGAGGCAGAAGUCUCCUGGAGCAGCUUCUACUGAACCCCGGCUUUGCCACCAGCACUUUCCUCUCAAUCAUCACCGGAAUGAGCACAAGCUGCUGAGACGAACACACUUGUAAAGACAAUAAGUUAAACACAGCAUCUCCUUUUUAAUGUACUGAAAAGGGAUAUUUCUGUUUCACGUAAUAUCUUUGGCAAGUACUGUCACUGGAGAUUGUUGGUAGUCAUUCAUGUGUCUUUGUUCUUUGCUCACACUGUUGUGAAUAUGUCUCAAUAAACAAGCCUUCACUGUUACUGUCA